AUGGGCGAAGCCCGUCUACGAUGGUAUGGUCAUAUUCUUCGCGCAAAGAACGACAGUGUUCGUAAGAUCGGUCUCAACCUUGACGUAACCGGAAAGCAGCCUAGAGGACGUCCAAAGCAGUGGUGGCUCGAUACGUUGCACGAAGGCCUUAAAGCGUGUGAUGGAGACCGAAAUGCUGUGACAGCCGGAGUAACACGCUUAGACCGUAUAAGUAAUGACGCCAUCAGGGAGCGAUUCGGUGUUGCGCCCAUUGUCGAUAAAAUGGGCGAAGCCCGUCUACGAUGGUAUGGUCAUAUUCUUCGCGCAAAGAACGACAGUGUUCGUAAGAUCGGUCUCAACCUUGACGUAACCGGAAAGCAGCCUAGAGGACGUCCAAAGCAGUGGUGGCUCGAUACGUUGCACGAAGGCCUUAAAGCGGUUAACAUCCACCCCGAUCAAGCGUUCAAUCGGGAGAAGUGA